AUACCUGCCCACAUCGAGGUCGUUCAGAUUUGUAUUUUUCUUGAUAAAGAAUAGUUAGUACCAAGCAGUUUCCAGAAAAUUUUCAAAAAUCUUGUGUGACGAUGUUAGAUAACCAACUGGCUGAAAAACAAUCGAUCAUUUUUCAAGGAAAAGCCGAAAAGUGGGAAGUAGACUCUUCGACAACAGCCAAAAAUUGCAAAAACUACAUAAGGGAGAUCGUAGACACCCUAGAUCUCCAGCCCAACCCCGAAAAGCCCGUGAUCGCGCUCUCCAUAGGUGACCCUACGGUUUACGGCAACUUGAAACCCUCUGAAGAAACCACUCAAGCCGUCAUCGACGUCAUCCGCGAGGGCUCUUGCAACGGCUACGCCCCUUGCGUCGGCUACGACAAAUCCCGCGAAGCCGUCGCAAACUACUUGAACCAAAACGGCUCAAAACUGACCAAAAACGACAUAAUUCUCUGCAGCGGCUGCUCCUCAUCGCUCGAAAUCUGCAUAACCGCCCUUUGCGAUGCCAAAAAGAACCACAACCUGCUCAUGCCCCGGCCCGGCUUCUCCAUCUACCGCACCCUAGCCGAGGCCAUCGGAGUCACCGUACGCUACUACAACUUAAUCCCCGAAAAAAACUGGCAAAUUGACGUCGACCACUUGCGCUCGCAAAUCGACCAGAACACCGCAGUCAUCGUCUUGAACAACCCGUCCAACCCCUGCGGGUCCGUGUACAGUGCCGAGCACCUGAAGGACGUCCUCGAGGUGGCCUUCACCCACCGAAUCCCCGUCAUCGCCGACGAGAUCUACGAACGCCUGGUGUUUCCCGGGAAUUCGUUCCACUCGACGGCGGUUUUGAACUCGGGGGUUCCCCUCUUGAUUUGUGGGGGGCUGGCGAAGAGGUUUUUGGCGCCAGGGUGGCGGCUAGGUUGGAUUGCGAUCUGUGAUGAAGGUGGAGCUUUCGAGCCCAAUGUGCGCAAGGCGCUGAUUAGUCUGAGCCAGAGGAUUAUUGGGAGCAAUACUCUGGUUCAGGGAGCACUGCCUGCCAUAUUAUUCAAAACGCCCCAAAGUUUUCACGAUAAUUUGAUCAACACGCUGCAUAAGAAUGCCAUUUUGGCCUACAGUAUGUUGCAGAAUAUUGAGGGGCUUGUGCCCUACAUGCCCCAGGGGACCAUGUACAUGAUGGUGGAGCUCUGCUUCAACAGGUUUCCCUUCAGUGAUGUUUUGCAGUUUGUUAUUAAGAUGAUGGAAGAGGAGUCGGUUUUCUGUUUGCCAGGAGACUGCUUUCAGAUUUCUGGAUUCAUAAGGAUUGUCCUGACUGUGCCUGAAGACUUACUGCUGGAAGCUUGCAAACGUAUUUCUGAGUUUUGCAAGCGCCAUAUUAUAAAAUAAGCUGCAAUUUUGUUUCUAUUGUUUAAGCGCUAAAAAUAUAAACUUGAAAUUA